GGACCUGGAUAAGAUUUAGGUUGUGGGAUUACGAAAGAGGGAGUGGUGUGGUUGAGCACUGUAGUGUCGUAUUAGUGGUGCUGCUGUAUUCUAUUCUCAGCAAUCGAGUGGAAAUUGGGGCGAGAGAAGUUUUUGGCUUGAAAACCAUUACAAAUCCCUUACUGUCACUUGAAUCACUUAAAUUGAGCGUUAUCCCAAUUGUUGAAGUGAUAUCUUCUUUUGUCUUAUAAGUCGCUCUUUGUAUACAUCAGCAUUACAUGUAUUAAGCCAAUUUGGACGGAUUCUACAGUUAUAAUUUCCAGAUUUCACUAUGCAAAUUUUCGUCAAGACAUUAACUGGUAAGACGAUUACACUUGAGGUCGAAUCCUCGGAUACAAUUGAGAAUGUAAAAGCUAAGAUUCAGGACAAAGAGGGCAUACCUCCAGAUCAGCAGCGAUUGAUUUUUGCAGGUAAGCAGUUGGAAGAUGGGCGUACUCUCUCAGACUAUAAUAUCCAAAAGGAAUCUACACUUCAUCUGGUCCUUCGUCUUCGUGGUGGUAUCAUUGAACCUUCCCUUCGUCAACUUGCUCAGAAAUACAACUGUGAGAAGCAAAUUUGCCGCAAGUGCUAUGCUCGUUUGCCACCGCGUGCAACGAACUGCCGUAAAAAGAAAUGUGGACAUUCAAAUGAUUUGCGUAUCAAGAAGAAGCUAAAGUAAACCUGAACUAAUCUUGCAAUGCCUAUGUGAAUGCUUCUAUCCUCGAGUGAAAUAAAUACUGACUUCUUUCAUGUAAGCAUCGUCAGCAGCUGAGGGGUUCCUUUUAAUCAUAAUAUUCAUUUUUCAU